UUGGUAUCUACGGGAAUUAACCGGGAAUGGCCUGGUCACGCAAAUAACGUUAGAAUACCAACGUUGCAUUGGGUAGCUAGCGAGCUGUCGAAGAGCAACGACAGAUAAGCUCCGUAUAGUCAACGUACAGAAACUACAAGCUACCAGAAACCAUAUUGACGAACGCAGCUAAAGCACCUAGCUGCAGGACAACCGAGACAACACCAUAGCACACGGAACUUCGGUCUGUCAGCAAGUUUGCAGUUCAGUUGCCAGUCAACCGGGCGGAACAACUUUCAAGAAGAACAAAAUUGCUCAUCGUGUUACGAAGACCGAAUAAUUUUACUUCUGGAGUCUUUUUCCUGCAUUCUUGUCUGUUUUAGUCCAAAGUGAGCAACCCUUGCCGUAAGGGGAUGCAUUCAUUAUGUAUCUGUAUUUUAUAGCUCGUGACCAGGGGUACGUAUGUAAUUUACGCUGGUUUAUAUUGUGGUGGCGGGUUUGCAAGAAUCAAUAUCAACGUUCUAGCGAUGAUUUUGUGGAAACGCUUGACGCAGGGAAGGAUCAAGACACGCCAGAUUCUGCGAGCGGGUAUAGAGUUCCGACAAAAGUCAAACAUGCCAUGCUCAGAAGUUUCAGAGACGACCAAUGGCUUGUCUACCUCUCCCGCAAAGCGUCUCAGGGCAGAAAUCGAACGUGAACCAGCCAAAGCCAUCCUGAAAUUCGCCAAACUAUCCGAAAACGCAACUGCUCCAACGAGGGGCUCCUCCAGAGCCGCAGGUUAUGAUCUUUACAGUGCGUACGACUACUCUGUAGCCCCGCUGGAUAAAGCUAUUGUGAAGACCGAUAUUCAGAUCGCUGUUCCAUCUGGGUAUUACGGCAGAGUUGCCCCACGGUCCGGGUUAGCUGCAAAACACUUCAUCGAUGUUGGAGCCGGGGUUGUUGAUGAAGACUACAGAGGAAACGUCGGAGUCGUUCUCUUCAACUUCAGUAAAGAAACGUUUGAAGUAAAAAAAGGAGACCGUGUGGCCCAGCUAAUCUGUGAGAGAAUCUGCUACCCUGAACUGGAGCAGCACGAUACACUGGAUGAAACUGCGCGAGGAGCUGGCGGGUUUGGGUCAACUGGCACAAACUGAGUUGCAGUUUCUUUGUUUUGUAAGUUAAUGUAAUAAAUGCUCCUAAAAAGCGUUAUAAACAUGGGAAUUAUUUGCUGUAAUCAUCAAAUUGUACAUUUGUCUUAAUUUUGAAGAUGUCUGAAGUUGCCAUUAAAGCAUUGUUAGGCUGUGAAACAAA